UCCCACCUUUCCCUUCUCUCACAAACCCCCAUAUUAUUUCCUCUUCCUUCCCCCUUUGGAUAACAAUUCUCAUUCUCUUUUCUUUUUCUUCUCAAAUAUGUAAGGUGGAGAUGAAACCUCGAACCUCGAGAUUGAAAUUACACGUUUAUGUUACACGAGCUAUGCUCGUGUUUGACAACUCUCAGUUUUUAUGAUAUAUACAUCUCUUCAGCAUUAAAUAAACUCAAACCUCUCUAGCUCAUACCUUUUCCUUAACUUUUUCCUUCCCCAUUUCCCUCUUUUUCUUACUUCCCAUUUCUUCUUCUCUAUAUUUUACUAAUAAUAAUUAUAAUGAUUUUUUCUCCUACUUCUGACUUCUCUUCUUCAAAUCAUAACCCACUCAUUAUGCAAUCACUCAUUUCCCUUUUCUUCUAGCCCUCCAAUUAUAACUCAAUUACUCCUCUUUUUUCUUUUUUAAUCUCUUCUUUUAGAUCUUUGUGAUGAACACACCAUCUUCCUUGCCGGACCUCUCCUUGCAGAUCAGCCUUCCGAUGUCGACGCUGCCGUGUGAGAUGAAGGCCAAGUCAAGAAGCUCAACCACCACGGAUUCGAGUUCUAGUGGCAAAAGUGAUUUGAGCCAUGAAAAUGGUCUCUUCCGCUUAGGGUUUGAAGUGGGAGAUAUGGAUGUUUCUCAUCAUCGUCCUCGUCCUCGUCCUCAUCAAGCUUGUUAUAAUGUCCGUGGUCGCCGUGACUUCAAAAGAAGCGGUGGCGGGGUCGGGUGUGGAGUAAGAAGAAGCAAUAUCCGAGCUCCAAGAAUGAGAUGGACUACAACUCUUCAUGCUCAUUUUGUACAUGCCGUUGAGCUUCUUGGUGGCCAUGAAAGAGCUACACCAAAAUCAGUAUUGGAGCUUAUGAAUGUCAAGGAUCUAACCCUAGCUCACGUCAAAAGCCAUUUGCAGAUGUACAGAACAGUGAAAAAUACUGUGAAGGGAACAGAUGAUUGUGGAAGGGGUGAGGUUGAAGAUGAUGCCAUGGAUUUAUCUUGCUCUGCUAAAAAAUCUAUGUUUGAAUCAGCUCAUUUGCAGAGAAUCCAAAGAAGUAGUUUGGUAACGUCAAUGCACAAGAGUUGCGACAGGGCCAGGUCAAACGCCGACGUUUUCGCUAAAUCCAGAGGAAUGAAGGUUGAAGGAAGCAAUGGAGAUGAUGACGAGGCAAUCACCAUGCAGCGGAUUAAUUUAGAGUUUACUCUUGGAAGACCAAGUUGGCAAUUAGAUUAUGGUGAUGCAAAAGAGCUUGCCCUUCUCAAUUGCUAAUUUUCUAAAUUUCCAACCCAAAGAAACGAGAGAGAAAAAUCUCCGAGUUUAGUCUAUUUUAUUAUUGCAUUAAAAAAUAUCAACAAGAAUGAAUAUCUUGAUAUUUUGUCAACGAUUUUGUGUUUUAGUUAAAGAUGGAAAAAUAAAUAAAAUAGAGUUAUAUUAUAGCACGUUAUGUACAUAA